UUCUGCGGCGAAGCAACCAACGGAAGGUUACCUCUCUCUUCCACAUCUCUCCACAACCAUGCCGGUCGGCCAAGCAAUGCUCGACGCUCUGCAGCGGAAAGAGUUCUGCGACAAAAAGAAGGAGACUAGGACCAUCUUCAUCGGCCCACCUGGCGCCGGCAAAGGGACGCAGGCCCCUUCAGUGAAAGACGACUACUGCCUGUGCCAUCUGGCCACCGGCGACAUGCUCCGCGCAGCCGUCGCCGCCAAGACCGACUUGGGGCUCAAGGCGCAGAGCAUCAUGGAGGCCGGGGAGUUGGUACCCGACGACGUGGUGGUCGGGAUCGUGAGCGAGGCCAUGGAGGCGCCAGAGUGCAAGAAGGGCUUCAUCCUGGACGGGUUCCCGCGCACAACAGCGCAGGCAGAAAAGCUUGACAACAUCCUGUCCGCCAAGGGCGUGGCCAUUGACAAGGUGAUCAACCUAGUCAUCGACGACAAGGUCCUCAUCCGCCGCGUGCUCGGCAGGUGGAUCCACCCAGCCUCCGGGCGCAGCUACAACAUAUUUUCGAACCCCCCCAAGGUCGCCGGGAAGGACGACAGAACGGGCGAGCCCCUCACGCGCCGUUCGGACGACACCGCGGAUAAGCUCCGGAGCCGGCUGACAGCCUUCCACCAGCAGACAGAGCCAGUCAUCGACUACUACGAGCGAGCUGGCAAGACCGUCAACAUCGACGCCAAGCAGGACAAGAACGUGAUCAUGGGGAUCAUCCGCAAGGCGCUCGGAAACCCCGACGCAUAAUAGUGUCUUUUUAGUAGCACGCGGCGGAGGGGGUCUUCGGAGGUUAGGGGGGGGGGUGCACUAUUUUCUUGUUCCGGCGGGCGCCAGCGAGAAAAUCCACCGCAGUUGUAAGCACUCACAGGCCCCCAGAUACAGCAGCGGUUUUGCUCGGCUAUUUUUGGAUUGGUUGUUGAAUCGUUGGUUGUAUUUUUGUAUCCCUUGGGUGUGUUCCAGUAGUGUACUGGAUGUCGCGGGAUGUUGCGGAGCGCGUUGGAGUGGAGAAGAACAUGCUCGCAGAAGGUUUUGAAAGCAUGGCCUGGCCUGGCCUGCUGGAGUAGUACCCCGAUUUUGCGUUGGCGGGGGGGGUUGGGGUGGGUGAUAGGUUGGGUUUGCCAGGACACCACGGCGGGCUGUUCGGAGUCUGGUGGCUUAUCGCAGAGCGCAUUGUUGUUACGCGCCCCACCCUUUCUUCGGAAGGCCAUUUGAUCCUUGGCUUGGGCUGUCUCGUUUUAAAAUUGGUUGUUGCUGCUGUCGCCGCCCGUCUGGUGGCGAGCUUGCCUUUGGGACAAGAAUCGGAUACCUGGUGGUACUAUAUCUAGGGCGAUCACAUCUCGCCAAUUUUGACUCUUGGGGUCUGGUUAUAGGGGCAUGGCAAAUCAGCAUACUGCUGUGAUUGGGCGUAUGACCUUCAGC